CGGCCGGAGCAGCCGCCGCGAUUGUAGCGCCGCUCCUUCCCCGGCUGCCUCGCGUGGAGAUUCUCCUGCCUUUCUUCUCUUGCUAAUUUUUUUCCGAUUUAAAAGGAAAGAUAUUUUGAUUUUUAUCCUUUAUUUUUUUUAAAUAUCUGUAUUUUUUUCCACCCCGCUUUCCAUCGCGGUUCGCAGCGGGGCUCGCCCUCGCUCCCUCUCAGCGCGCAGCGGCUGCGCUGGGGCCAUUCCUGCCCGGCUUUGUGCCCUGCAGACCCGGCCCUCCUCUUCCUCCUCCUCCCCCUCCUGCCGUAAAACCUUCACGAGGCUCGCAGCAGCAUCCGAAAGCGCCGCAGCCGCUCGCCCAAACCACCGACUGCAACAAAACCCUUUUUUAUUAUAUUUUUUUAUCAUAUAUUUCCCCCACCUCCUCCUCCCCUCCCCUUUUUUAUUUCUCCUCCUCCCUCCCUCAAACGGAUCAAGGUGGACGCAGAGCGCAAAAAGACCUUUGUUUUAAAAAUGCCCAUGGAGCUGACGCAAAGCCGCAUCCAGAAGAUUUGGCUUCCCAAUGACAACCGCCCGGCGCUGCCCCGCCGCUCCUGUGGGCCUCAGCUUGCCAACUCCCCCACUGUGAUAGUCAUGGUUGGCCUCCCAGCCCGUGGCAAGACCUACAUCUCCAAGAAGCUGACUCGCUACCUCAACUGGAUCGGUGUCCCCACAAAAGUUUUCAACGUUGGGGAGUAUCGCCGCGAGGCCGUGAAGCAUUACAGCUCCUACGACUUCUUCCGUCCUGACAACGAGGAAGCCAUGAAAGUCAGGAGGCAGUGUGCCAUGGCUGCCCUGAGGGAUGUGAAGCUGUACCUGACGGAGGAGGCCGGGCAGAUUGCGGUUUUUGAUGCCACCAAUACCACAAGGGAGAGGAGAGGGAUGAUCCUAAACUUCGCCAAAGAGAAUGGGUUCAAGGUGUUCUUCAUCGAAUCGGUCUGCAAUGAUCCCAACGUGGUUGCCACCAACGUUAUGGAAGUCAAAUUGUCCAGCCCAGAUUACCGGGACUGUAAUUCCACGGAUGCCAUGGAGGAUUUCAUGAAGAGGAUCAAUUGUUACCAAGCCAGCUACCAGCCCCUGGACCCUGAUGACUAUGACAGGGAACUUUCUCUCAUCAAAGUCAUCGAUGUGGGCCGGAGGUUCCUGGUGAACAGGGUCCAGGACCACAUCCAGAGCAGGAUUGUUUAUUACCUGAUGAACAUCCACGUCCAGCCCCGCACCAUCUACCUCUGUCGGCACGGGGAGAGCGAGUUCAACCUCAAGGGCAGGAUUGGAGGUGACUCUGGCCUCUCCAACAGGGGCAAGAAGUUUGCAGUGGCACUGAACAAAUUUGUGGAAGAGCAGAACCUGAAAGACCUCAAAAUUUGGACCAGCCAGCUAAAGAGGACAAUCCAAACAGCAGAAGCACUCCAGCUGCCCUAUGAGCAGUGGAAGGCACUCAAUGAGAUCGAUGCUGGUGUGUGUGAAGAAAUGACCUAUGAAGAAAUCAGGGAGCAAUACCCAGAGGAAUUUGCCCUGCGUGACCAGGAUAAAUAUUACUACCGUUAUCCUUCUGGGGAGUCCUACCAGGACCUGGUGCAGCGCCUGGAGCCCGUGAUCAUGGAGCUGGAGAGGCAAGAGAACGUCCUUGUUAUCUGCCACCAGGCUGUCAUGCGCUGUCUCCUGGCCUAUUUCCUGGACAAGAGUGCAGAUGAAAUGCCCUACCUGAAGUGUCCCCUGCACACAGUGUUGAAGCUGACCCCGGUAGCCUAUGGCUGCCGGGUGGAAUCCAUCUCCCUGAACAUUGAAGCAGUCAACACCCACAGAGAUCGGCCAGAGGAAGCAAAGAAGGGACCUAACCCGCUCAUGAGACGUAAUAGCGUUACCCCUCUAGCAAGCCCAGAGCCCACCAAAAAACCUCGCAUCAACAGCUUGGAGGAGCAUGUGGCUGUUUCUCCUGCCCUGCCAGGCUGUGUUCCUCAGGAAGUGCCCACGCAGAUGCCGGGACAACCUUUACUAGGGAAGGCAUGCCUAACAUGAACAACUCCCAGAAGCCGUCGUGACUCCGUGGGCACCACUGUGAGGCCGCCGGCGCCGCCAGCUUCCCAUCCCAUCGCCUUUCCCGAAGCUUGCUUCCAACCCAGGUGGGGCUGGCUCUGCUCCCACUGCCCCAAACCCUGCACUGCUCAGUGGGGAGGGAUGCAGGAGAGCCCAGGAGGAGCCCAGCUCCAUCCCAGGGUCACCACCAGCUCUUCAGGCUGCAGCGUUUGCUCUCCUCUCCGGCAUCCUGUUAGGUCGUAGCGAGCUGUAAAGUGCUUCUGUAGUGCACAGGAGUUUCAUUUUCUUCUCUUUUCAGUGGUUUUUGAUCUUCUGUAUAGAUGAUUGGUACCCAUCUGUCUCUGGGUGGGGUGUGUAUAUAUGUGGAUGG